AUGGUCGAUUUCAUCACUUUGUUUACCAUUAUCCAAGCUGCUUUUGCGGUCAGAGACCUUUUUCCUCGACAUGUAGAAGUACAACACCCAUUAGGCGUGGACACUGCAAUCACAAAAACUUCUUCUAAUGAAUUACGCCAAUUAAACCACGUCAUCGACUCAUCUCCUCUACUAUCCUUGCAUCGCGAUAUUGUAAAUAUCGAAUCCAUCAGCGGCAAUGAGAAUGAGGUUGGCCACUAUAUUAUCAAUUUCCUGGAACGAAACAACUUUACCGUUGUGAAACAACCAGUACCAGCUGCAAUAGGAGAUAGGCAUGAGAAAAGGAGAUUCAAUAUUUACGCCUAUAUCGGCAAUAACUCUUUGCCUGAUGUACUGUUGACCUCUCACAUCGACACCGUGCCACCAUAUAUUCCAUAUGGACUGACCUAUCCAAAUAUCAACUCUUCUGAAAACGAUAGGAGAAUAAUUACCAUUAACGGCCGUGGUACGGUAGAUGCAAAGGGGAGCAUUGUCGCCCAAAUAUUCGCAGUCCUAGAAACAAUAGCCCGGCACGACGUGACUAAAGAUCCACCAUCCCUAGGUCUUCUUUUCGUCGUCGGCGAAGAAAACAGCGGAGUGGGAAUGAAAACCUUCUCCAACUCUGAAUACAAUACCUCACCGCCAUCAUUUCACACCGUGAUAUUCGGAGAACCGACUGAAUUAAACCUUGUUUCGGGCCACAAGGGCGGCUUCGGUUUCACGAUCACUUCGAUCGGGAAAGCCGCGCAUUCGGGGUAUCCGUGGAAAGGACGAAAUGCGAUUUCGGCGCUCUUGCCGGUGGCUUCGUUUGUGGAGAAGCUGGGAGAUAUAGCUGUGGAAGAUGGAGGGUUGCCGUCGAGUGCCAAAUACGGGAAUACAACUAUUAACUUGGGUGUUCUACACGGUGGUAUUGCAGGGAAUGUAGUGCCGGCGGUUGCAGAGGCGACUUUUUUUGUGCGACUUUCCGCGGGAACGCCAGAUGAGGCUAGGGAAAUUGUGUACAAGGCUGUAGAAAAGCUGAUUGAGGGCGAUGAUACUGAUAUUAGGGUUGAUUUUUUUACUGGAGGUACAGCGCCGGUGGACCUUGAUGCCGACAUAGAUGGGUUCAAUGUCACGACAGUAAACUAUGGAACAGAUGUACGCAAUCUGAAGAUUCGGGGCAGUGGUGACAGACCGGUGAAACGGUACUUGUAUGGUCCUGGUAGUAUUCUUGUUGCUCACUCUGACGUCGAAGCACUGACUGUUGGAGACCUGGAAGACGCUGUUGAAGGGUAUCGCAAAUUGAUAGAGCAUGCCUUGGGGCGUGAUUGA